CCACGGCUAAUACAUGGUAAAUUGAAAGGCUAGCUAAGCUGGAGACAGACACAAAUUAAAGAGGAGAAGAUAUAUAGCUACAGAUUUACUUUUCUUCCGGCCUGUUGAUCUCUUUCUUCUAAGCAUCCAUUGAACAAUCUUUUGACUGCAGAGCGCAGUCGCUGGAUCAUCCUCACCGAGUCAAAACAAACAAUUGAGAAAUAAAUCCAUGGGAGCGAGCAAGAUCAGAAAAGCUCUAGGAGCAGUGAAGGACACAACCAGCAUAGGCCUUGCAAAAGUAGGAAGCAGCGCUUCCCUGGCUGACCUUGACAUUGCCAUUGUGAAGGCAACUAGACACGAUGAAUACCCGGCUGAGGAGAGGCAUAUUCGUGAGAUACUCAGCUUGACAUGCUACUCGCGUGCCUUCAUCAGUGCUUGCGUCAACACCCUCUCCAGGCGCCUCAACAAGACCAGGAAUUGGAUCGUCGCACUUAAGACGCUCAUGGUGAUUCAACGCCUACUAUUAGAGGGGGAUCCUGCAUAUGAGCAAGAAGUAUUUUUUGCAACCAGACAGGGGACUCGUCUUCUCAACAUGUCAGAUUUUCGCGACUCUUCCCAAUCCAAUUCAUGGGACUAUUCCUCGUUUGUUCGCACAUAUGCACUUUACCUCGACGAACGGCUUGAGUUUAGGAUGCAAAGCCGGCGGGGGAAACGCAGUGGACACAGUUUUGAUCAUGAAGAUCAUGAUCAUGAUCAGGAGGCCAUGGCUAACCAAGCUGGUCCAAGAGCCACACCGGUGUGUGAGAUGAGGACUGAGCUUAUAUUUUCUAGGGUACAACAUUUGCAACAGCUCCUCGAACGCUUCUUAGCAUGUCGCCCAACAGGUGUCGCAAAGACCAACCGAGUUGUGAUAGUGGCUCUCUACCCUAUUGUGAAAGAGAGUUUCCACAUAUAUUACGACAUAACAGAAAUAUUGGGUAUCUUAGUUGAUCGUUUCAUGGAGCUAGAGGUCAUUGAUUGCGUGAGGGUCUAUGAGAUCUUUUGCCGUGUUGGCAAGCAGUUUGACGAACUUGAAAUGUUCUACGCCUGGUGCAACAGUACCGGAAUUGGGCGUUCUUCUGAAUUCCCUGAACUUGAGAAAAUUACUGGAAAGAAACUUGAGCUCAUGGAUGAGUUCAUUCGAGAGAAGUCGGCUUUGGUUCAAAGCAUAAAACCAAAGUCUCAAGAAGAGAAAAAGGAAGAGACUGAUCAAGAGGUUGUAGAAAAAAAUGAAGAAGAUAUGAACGCGAUAAAGGCUCUACCACCACCAGAGGGUUUCACUGAAGCCUCAAUUGAGGAAGAGAAAAAGGAAGAAACGAAAGAAGAGUGCGAGGAAGCCAAAGUUACACAACAAGAGGGUGAUCUGUUGAACCUAGGAGAUGAUGCAAUAACAAGCGAAGAACAUGCAGACAAACUAGCCUUAGCCUUAUUUGACGGCGUUGUGCCACUGGCAACAAAUGAAGUGCCAGCUCUUACCUGGGAGGCCUUCAAUGACGAGAAAUCAGACUGGGAGACAACAUUGGUUCAGUCAGCAAGCAAUCUCUCAGGUCAGAAGGCGACACUUGGCGGCGGCUUUGACAUGUUGUUGCUUGACGGCAUGUAUAAACAGUCGGCCACAACUACAGCCAUGGCCGGUCCAGAUUAUGGGACGAGUACUGGGAGUGCGAGUAGUGUGGCACUUGGAUCAGCUGGAAAACCAGCAAUGCUGGCAUUGCCGGCACCGCCAACACCAGAGGGUGGUUCAACUUCUACGACAAGUGUAGAUCCAUUUGCGGCGUCCCUGGCAGUGCCAGCCCCGGCGUAUGUGCAAAUGUCAGAGAUGGAGAAAAAACAAAAGCUGUUGGUGGAAGAACAGUUGAUGUGGCAGCAGUAUGCAAGGGAUGGGAUGCAAGGGCAGAUUGGAAUGACAAAGAUACAACCCCACAAUCCUUACAACAUGGGAGGUUACACACACAGCUAGUAGUAUUGAAGCUAAUUUCUCUGUUCAUUGCUUGUAACAGUUAACCUUUGUGUUUGAUCCUUUAUCUUUUCUCCGGUCACUUGUCUUUCCUCUUCUUUUUUUGUUUCGUGUAUAGAUAGGCAUUCGGUAUGAUAAGGGGAAAAUAUAUCUUUGUAAUUAAUAGUGCCAUUGCCAUUAGUACAUUACUCUUAAGAAAACAUAAAAAUACUUCCAUCUUACUACACCCUCCUCAAAUAAGAAAAAAUAAAUGCAUCAAGUGAACCUUACAAUAUUUA